AUGUGUAAUGUUGAAGUUAUGGUUGAACAACCCCAAUGUGCUUCAGUUUAUGAAGAACCUGCAUUGAUUAAUGAGCAGCCUCCUACUAGAAUCGACAUUGCUCAUCUGAUUAGAGAUCCAAGCAAUCGUCCUCAAAUUUGGGAAUACCCGAUUAAUCAACAAGAUGAAAUUAGAAGGGCAUACAUUAAUUUGGGGCCAUAUCAACCUUUGAUGUCUGAAUAUCCGCUGACUGCAUCAUAUAAUGAACAAGUAGGUGCUCUUGUUUUGGAUAAUGCUCCACAAAAUGCUAAAUACACCUCACAUCAAAUUCAAAAGGAAAUUUUGCAUGUCUUUGCUAGAAAUGUUCAGUCUUCAAUUCAUCAUGAGAUUGGUGAUGCAAGAUUUUGCUUAAUUGUUGAUGAAGCUCGAGAUGAAUCCAGAAGAGAGCAAAUGGCCCUUGUUAUUAGGGGCCAAGGGUAUGAUGGUGCUAGUAAUAUGCGUGGAGAGUGGAAUGGAUUGCAAGCUUUAUUCAUUAAUGAUUGCCCUUAUGCAUAUUAUGUACAUUGCUUAGCUCAUCAAUUACAAUUGGCUCUUAUUGCUGCAGCUAGAGAAAUAUCUGAUGUUCACACUUUUUUUCAGAACUUGAUUUUUAUUAUUAACAUUGUUAGUGCUUCUUGCAAGCGUAAUGAUGAAUUACGGGCUUUUCAAGCAGCUACAAUUGAACAUUUAGUUGAUAUUGGUGAGAUUGAAACGGGUAAAGGAGUUAAUCAAGUAGGUGGUUUGCAACGACCUGAGAUAGCAGAUGGAGUUCGCACUUCAAAUCCAUUUGCAUUGCUAAUGUCAUUUGAUUUUGCAUUCAUCUUGCAUAUAAUGAAGAAUGUUAUGGGAAUUACUGAUGUGCUUUGCCAAGCUUUGCAACAGAAAUCUCAAGACAUUUUAAAUGCUAUGCAUUUGGUGACUACCACAAAGACUUUAAUUCAGAAGUUAAGAGAUGAUGGCUGGGAAACUCUUUUAGAAGAAGUGACAUCAUUUUGUAAGCAUCAAGACAUUGAAGUUCCUGAUAUGGAUGCUUGUUUUUCUAAUGUGGGACGAUCUCACCGUAAAACAAAAUCAAUAACAGUUGAGCAUCACUAUCGAGUUGAUAUAUUUACAGCUAUCAUUGAUCAACAGUUGCAAGAGUUAAAUAAUAGAUUCAAUGAGCAGACGAUUGAGCUUCUUAAGUUGAGCGCAACUUUAGAUCCUAAAAAUAACUAUAAAUUAUUCAGUGUUGAAGAUAUAUGCUUACUUGUUGACAAGUUUUAUCCUGAAGACUUUUCUAACCAAGAAAAAACUCAUUUGAGAUUUCAGUUGCAGCAUUAUGAGCUUGAUGUGCCCAAUCAUCCAAAGUUAAAGAAUAUGUCAUCGAUUGCUGAUUUAUGUCAAGGAUUGGUUGAAACAGAAAAAUCAACAAUUUAUCCACUCAUUGACAGGUUGAUUCGGCUUAUUUUGACUCUUCCUGUUCAGUAA